UUGUAGAUAAGAGAUACUUAUACUUCUUUACUAGAACAUGCAUCGGAGUUGAACCGUGGAAAGUGUGUAAACCAACGCCAUGGCUGGCAUUACCUCCACCACCGUUGUUCCCGUUAAACUCAAAGCCUCGCACUUCUUCUCUAAUAAACUCUCUAUUCCUCAUUCCCUCAAUUUACAAUCUUCUCCCUCUUUCACUCUUCCUUCCCACGCAACCGUUCGUUAUGGUGUUAACCUCCGUCCUUCCGCCUACGGUGGCGGUGGCAACUUCAGAAGAGCUCCUCCUGAGAAAGACGCCGACGAUGGACAAGCUCUCGACCUCUCCACACUUAGUUCGAAUACCGUUAGACUUAUUGAUCAGAGUCAGAAUAUGGUUGGAGUAGUAUCUCUUGAUCAGGCAAUUCGAAUGGCUGAAGAUGCUGAACUUGAUUUGGUAAUAGUAUCCGCAGAGGCAGAUCCUCCUGUUGUUAGAAUAAUGAAUUACAGUAAAUAUAGAUAUGAACUGCAGAAGAAGAAAAGAGAUCAGCAGAAGAAAAGUGCUGCUAGUCGGAUGGAUUUGAAGGAGCUCAAAAUGGGAUACAACAUAGAUCAACAUGAUUAUUCUGUACGUUUGAAAGCUGCGCGGAAAUUUUUGAGUGAUGGUGACAAGGUUAAGGUCAUAGUAAACCUUAAAGGCCGUGAAAAAGAAUUCAGGAAUAAUGCCAUUGAGCUUAUUAGACGUUUUCAGAACGAUGUUGGGAAGCUUGCAACAGAGGAGGCUAAAAACUUCCGUGACAAGAACAUUUUCAUAACUUUGAUUCCAAAUAAAACUGAAGUGCAGAAACCUCAAGAAACUCCAACGAAAGCUGCAACAGAUGAAGUCUCCGUCAGUGUUGAAGCAUAGUUGAAAACUUCCAUGCGGGCUACUAGUUGUAGAAGGAAUGGUUUGUAACUGAUAUUGCUCUGUACUAGAAUUUUGUGUUGUAUGUAUAGCAUGCAUAUAAUUCAUGUGAUAAUGGUAUAUAGUUCACUAGAAGUUUAAUUAUAGAGGCAGCCUUGUCCAUUGGAACGCUUAAGCCUGAAGGGAUCCCAUUAACCGCUCUCUUCAAUAAUGUAUUCAUACAAGAACAACAACACAAGGCUGAUCGAUCACCCAGGAUGGUAAUCUUAUGCAGUUGCUUGAGUUGCAAAGAAUCUCAACCUUCGAAUUUCAUUUCAUUUUUUAAUGAUAAAA